AAGCAUAAUGUGGUGUGACUUAUUAUUUUUUAACAUGCAAGCAAGGGAAAGUGUCGAAACCAGCACAGUAGAAUAGGCUCUCUAGAUUAUACGUAAACAAUACAACCACCGUACACAGCCCGCCAUGCCUCUGGCCGCUGUCACCGAGGAAGCCAUCCAGAGGUUCCAGACCGACGGUGCCGUGUGUCUCCGCGGUGUCUUCGCCCGGGAGUGGGUCCAGAAGGUAGCCGCCGGGAUAGAGAAAAACCUCGCUAGAUCGAGUCAGUACAGCGAACGACUUCAGGCUCCCGGAGGCACCGGGUACUUCUUCAAUGAUUAUUUCAAUUGGAGGGAAAUAGAGGAGUUUAAAGAUUAUGUUUAUAACUCUCCUGCAGCUGAAAUUGCUGGGACGUUGAUGCAGUCUCCGGUUGCUAUCUUUUACCACGAGCACGUGUUAACCAAAGACCCUCAUACACUUAAAGCCACUCCCUGGCAUCACGAUCAGGCUUACUAUCCUGUUGAUGGAUUUAAGAACUGCUCAAUAUGGAUGCCAAUAGAUUCUGUUCCCGCUGAAACCACUCUAAAGUUUGUGAAAGGAUCACACCGCUGGGGGAGGUGGUUUCAUCCGAAGAAAUUUAAGUCAGAAAAAAACUACCCUGUCAAUGAUGAUGCGGGAACGAGACUUGCAGAGACGAGAGUUUACGAGAACGUCCCUGACAUUGAUGGUUCUGAUGAGUAUGAGAUACUCCAAUGGCCCAUAGAGGUAAUGUAA